AUGAAGAGAUUGAUAAAGGCUUUCUUUCUCUCGGUGUUGGCAGAUGCUGCCCUGGCGGAAGUUCAGAAGAGGAUUUAUGUGGAUCCUGCUCAUCCCAAACAAGGAGGAUACGCAAGUGAAAAUAACGGACCAGUUCCAGGUCAACAUCAUGGUCAGCAUCAUGUGAUUGUGAACCGUCCAGCCUGGAGCUUGGCUCCACAUUGUGGAGGUUCUCUGAUUCAUGCAGACUGGGUCAUCACUGCUGCUCACUGUGACUGCUGGUUCUUAAGGACAGUUCUGAACGCUCAUCCCACCUAUGCUCACAGACAAAUGUGGAAGAUUGCUGAAAAACAUUAUUGUUGUGACAAUGGAGAAGAGCACGACCUCAUGCUGCUAAAACUGAAACAUGGGCAGCGCGGUCAGUUACCCACCAUUCAGCUACCUGCCCAGCCCUGCACUGCACCGGGUCUUAAUGAGGAGGUGUAUUUUUAUGGCUGGAUGGACGCACGUCUUGGUCCACCAGAUCGUUCCUUUGGAGGCCUGCGGAAGAUGGAGCCCUUUAUGGCACAUGGGCUUCGCUUUGGGGUCUCCAGAGUUGUUAACUGCCAUCAUGGAGCACAAAAUGACUGUCCCCCAACCCUGCAUAGCCACUACAUCCCUGGUCAAUGUGUUUGUGCUCAGUUUCCAGGUGUUGCAACCAAUAAAGGUGAUUCUGGUGGAAGCUUUGUCUGGAAUGGAAGACUGUAUGGCGUGUAUAAGUCUCGCUUUUGGUAUUUCGAUGAGAGUCCAUCACGCUUCAAGGACAUCUGUUACUCACUCUACAGAAACUGGAUCAAAAAGAUUGCACAGCUGUAA